AUGAACUUUAUGAUUUUGGGAUUAAUCCAGAGAAUCAUAUGUGAUCUUGAAACCGAAUAUUGUCAACAAGAGACUCUCGAUGAUCAGUUAGUUUGGUGCGAACGACAGGCCGUAGUGGUUUCAGUAACAAGGAUCAGGCAAACAAGAUUUUUCAAUAGUACGACACGAGACGCUCCCUUGGAGGUUUAUCAGUCAUUUUUGCCAGCCACUAUGAAUCAAUUCAAAUCUCCCCGUAACAGGAUAGAUUAUAAUCGCCAUUUCAUGCAAAUGACAAAUAAGUCUCGGAAGCAAGAAGAUCAACACUUUACACCAAAAAGACUUAACGCGAAAAAAACUCGAACAUUUUCAAGUCCCAGUCCGGAGAAGUUCCUGAAGCAUUUUUCUCCAAAGAAACUUUUACAACAGCAUCCAAGUGACAAUUUAUUAGGCCAUUCAAUUCUCGAUGAAACAGAUCCCCUGUUUCCAUAUCAAUCUUCAAGGCUAUACGAUCAAAACACUAUGGUUGUCGAUUCACUGGGCUCCACAGGUAACAGUCGACCAGGUUCUUCGGAUGACAGUCUAGCAAAUCGUUCGCCGGUUCGCCAGUUGGAUACCAGUUCCCCAGACGAUUUCGGAUAUUUUCGAAUGUUUGAAGAUGCUAGUAUACCAGAUGUCUCCGGUCUGAGCUUUUCGAGCGCCAAUCGAAGCGAGAAAUGCCAAACGGAUUGCCGCGAGCCGUUCGAAGAUCUCAACAUGAAUUUUCUCAAGAUUGGUUUGCUGGACAUAAACGACAACUAUUCCGCGCGACAAUCACUCGACCAGCUAAUCUGUAACUCGAAUGUCCAGAAAAAUAUGCCUAACGAACCGUUGAUACCAUUGGUAACGAAAGAGUUAGAAAUAACGAAGGAUAUGGAGCAGGAGACCUAUUUCGAACAAAAAUCAUCUGUAUCCGAGCAACAAAUCCAUAGUCCGAAUAUGCAGACUGAUAUACCGAAGGAGCUUGAGAUAGCGAGUGAGACAGAGAAGGAUGAUUAUAUCGAAACUCUACGAUCACUUAUGUGUGAUGAAUGUAGUCCAAGUAUUCAGAAGGAUGUGCCUAGCGUACCGUUAAUGACGAAGGAGUUAGAAGUAACACAGGAGACAGAGAUAUCGGCAGAGGUAGAGAAGAAUCAAUCGCUUGACCAUUCAUCAAAAGAGACUUUGCCGUACCACUGCAAUGAACAUCCAUCUACUCAGCUGCUUUACUGUCAGACUUGCUGCAGGCCGAUUUGCAAAACCUGUACCUCUAAUUGUAUUUGCAAACAUAUGACGGUCGAUCUCCUAGAGUUCAUCGAGUCCGCUCAGCGUCAAGCUGAAGAAGUAUUGAUCGAAGCUUAUCUCGGGAUAGACGUUCUCGCGGAUGAUAUGGAAAAUAUGGGGUUGGAUAUGGCAGCGUUAGAUCAGAGAACCAGGGAGGCACUCACUGACGUCAAGUUCUUCUCACGUAGAAUGUGGUCUGCUGUGGAAGAGAGGGAAAAGAAAUUAUUUAAACAAAUUGUGGAAGCACGACGAUGGAAGUUUGAGGUUCUUCACGAUAGAUAUAUGCAUCUGAAAGAGGAUAAGAUCCGGCUGUCACAGGCCGUAAGCGCCCUCAAAUACGCUAUCUACGAUGCGCGAUUUCCUAAUCUCCCGUGUAAUCCUGACGAUCUCUUGAAGAAGAAAGACAUGGUGCUGGCUGAGAUCUGGCAGAUUCGUCAGAGUCGAAAGAUGAAGAGCAGGUGCACCCGAGAGGAGAAUUGGAUAUCAUUCAAGAGUUCCGAUAGCAAUGUACUAGCCGUUAUUGCUAACGGCGGAAACGUCUUGGUGAACAGUCCGGGCACGAUCGGAGAUCGUCUCCCGCCGAAUCGUGAUUACAAAUUAUCACAAUCAUAUUUUCCGUACGGAUUAAAUGAGCAAAUGAUGCAACCGAUACCGCGCGGUCGUCCGAUAUCGAAUUUCGAGCGCAGCAUUGUUCUUCCGAAUAGGAAACCCGAGUUGCAGAUCAAGAGUACGGAUGUCCGAAUCAUCGGUCAUUUUGGUGAGAAUGACCCCGAAAAUCUUUGCCGCCCGUGGGGAUUAACCUGUGAUAAUGAGGGUAACAUCAUAAUCAGCGAUAGAUCCAAUAAUCGCAUACAGAUUUAUCGCGACGACGGCACGCUCGUCAGAAAAUUUGGAACCUACGGUAAUGGCCCUUGCCAAUUCAAUCGCCCGGCCGGAAUCGCCGUCGACUCCAGACGUCGUCUUAUCGUGGUCGACAAGGAUAACCAUCGUAUUCAGAUCUUAACGAUGGAAGGUGAAUUCUUGAGAUCCUUUGGCGAGCAUGGCGAGAAACAAGGCCAGUUCUGUUACCCAUGGGACGUGGCGGUAAACACCGCUUGCGAAAUCGCAGUCACAGACACUAGGAAUCAUCGCGUCCAAUUGUUUAGCGCCGAGGGUAUUCCGCUGCGCAUGUUUGGCGGUCAGCCGCACCUGCUCAGGUAUCUGGACUCACCGCGUGGCAUUUGUUUCAAUCAGGAGGGCAAGCUUAUCGUCACGGAUUUCAACAAUCAUCAUCUAUUAAUAAUUGAGCACAAUAUGACGGAUAUGCGAAUACUCAAGUGCGAGAAAGAGUUAAAGGGGAAGAAGCAGGACGGCAGCGGGGAAAAUGGUGACGGGCAAAACGAGGAAAACGCACCUACGUUUCAAAGGCCACAGGGCGUAAUAGUGGCCGACGAUGGCAGUAUUCUCGUCGCGGACUCCCGCCAUAAUUCGAUCAAGGCAUUCAACUCGGUCGGAUCGUUAAUUUAUUCGUAUAAGCCGGGUCAAGAAGAAAUGGAUCGUCCACUCGGUGUAACCCUCCACUGGGAUGGCAGAAUGGCCUUCACGGAUUACGGACGUAAUUAUGUGCGUUUGGUAAGGCUGGAACAUCAUGUGGACCCGAUAUCGAGGAAUGCUAUUAUGUUCGGUUGAUAUCCUAAAAUAUCGGAUGCAUUACCUCCGCGAAUCAAUAAAGAUGUAGACAAGAAGGACAAAGUUCUUGUUUGCAUCGAACGUGCAAACGGCAUCAAGUGCCGCAACUUUUACAAUUGCAACGCGUGGCGAGAUUUUUAAUUAUUCACUUUCUGCCACCAGUAAAUUGCGCUAGGAAAUAUAACGUUUUGUUAAAAACGCGAGAAAUUAUAAGAAAAAUAUCAGCAGUAAAAAUAACAAGUUGGUAAUAAUCGUGAGAGAUGAAAGUUAUGCGCGUAUGCACAACGCCACAUUAUAAUUAUCGACAUAUAAACAUAUAUAUGUUACACACAUAUCUCCGAUCGGUUUCGGAAUUAAAAAUGUAUUAUAUAUUUAGUUUCUUCUUUCAUCUUUAGAUUUUUUUCUAUUUAUUCAUCUAUCUAUCUAUUUUCUUAUAUUUCUUGUUAUUUCCAAAUUUUUUUUAUUUAUGUACCUGUCUGUUUAUUUUCUCCUAUCUCAUCUAUUUUUUAUUUAUUACAAAAUUGUUUUAUAUAUCGGUCGUUUAAUUCCCCUCUUUCUAGAAAAAAACGGCAAUUUACUAUUUUGGUAUAUCUAUCAAUAUAUAUUCAUCGAAAAUGCAACUUUCAUCUUUAAUCUCUAUUACUGAUUUUUUAUUUUUAUUGUUAUUAAUUUUAUUUUAUAAAAUGUCUUUAUUUUUUACAAUUGUCGUAUAUAUAUUUUAUAAUUUUAUUAUAUAAUGCGUUAUAUGCAUGUUAUAGUCGGAUAGACACAUCGAAAAAUGUAGUUUAGAUAUUUUUAGAUAUUUAUUUUUCAAUUUAAAAGCAGACAAAUUUUGAAACAAAGCACAAUAGCGGAGAAAGAGAACCGUGUAUGCGCUACACGUUUUGCAUAAUUGAUCGAACGAUUAAUCAGCAGUGCAUUGUUAGAAAAAUAUGAUGACGAAGGAAAUUAACGAGGAAUUGGCAAAUUCACAUAAUGCCAGCAAUAAUAUUUUAUUAAUGCUUCUUAUUUAUUAGAAGGUUCAUUUAUUAGAAGAUUUCGGUCUUUUUUGAAUUGCAAUCAACUUUUUUCUUCUAUUUUCACACUUUUUAAUGAAAUACUAUUAGUCUUGUCUAAAAUUUAUAUUAUUAAGACAUGAAUUAAAUUUAUCUGCAAAUUUGAAAAAAACAAAAAAAAAACAGUUUUACUAUGAUUGUGUAUUUUUCCUGAAUGCAAAUUCGACGCCGAACACGAUUCUGUUUAUUAAUUCGAUUUUAGAAAGAAGAAACAGCAAUUAAAAAACACAGUGACUA